CUUUCAAGUAUGAAGGAACUGAAAUUCAUGACGACUAAUAACGACCAAUUCAGUAUUUAAGUAAAUGCACUUUUCUUCGCUGACAUUUUACUGAUGUACAAGUGCAAGUAAACGCCUAAAAUCUACUCAAAAGGAAAAGUAAAAUUUACUCAAGUAAACAUUGUUAGUUGGCUGAAUAUUACUGAAGCAAAAAUACAUGUGUAAAAAUCGACUCAAGCAAAAAAGUAAGUGAUUUAAAAUGUACUCAAAUAAAAUAGUUACUUGGCUGAAAUAUUACUGACGUACUCAAAUUCAACUUGUGUAGAACUAAAAAAGUAAGUGAUAUCAGAUGUAGGAAAGUACAACACUUAAAUAUACAAAGAAACAAAUGUGUAUGUUUGACUCAGUUAAACGUCAACAUAAAAAAUCCAAGCGUUUUCAAUUCGAAUAACUACUCAUACUUAAAUAAUUCAGGCGGAAAAUAUAAAUAUAAAAUAUAAAAGCUACUUUACUUGUUUUUAUACUUAAAUUGUGACAUGGAAACGACCACAAUACACCACUGCGACUGUCUUGUUUCAGUUGUCAUUUACUGUAAAGACGAUGUGAUAUUGAAACCAAUUUUUGCCUCAGUUUCUCUCUGACGAGAUGAAAAGGAAGUUUCGUUAUUGGUAGUACAACGUUUGAAACCCGCAUACGCUGUUAUUUCCUGAGCCCAUAACCUGACUUGACUUUAUUUGACUGAUGACUGAUGAAGUCUGACAACUUUUGCAGGCGUGUGGAAUAUAAUACCACUAACAACGAAACCCAUUUGUUCCACUUUCCUUUUCAAGUACAAGUUGUUUUUUCUUUGGAAUUCUUUGGAACCACUCUCACCCCACACACAAAAUGCAAACCAUUCCGAGCUUGGUGUAAAUGAUUUACGUGAUUGCUGAUGUAUAAAUAAAUAAAAUGGAUGAAAUAUGUGCAAAUACAUUAUGAACAUAACGUACGUUAGACGCAAGCAUUAAGUGCGUGUAAAUACUGGGACUGUAAACAAGUCAACGGCACCAUCACGUCUGCAUAAAUUGUCGUUUUCAUGCUUAACAUAUUCAUUUCCGGGAUGGCUUUCAGAAUAAAGCAAAACUUAUUUUGAACCCUAUAAACUUUUUUUUCUAAAAUACCAAAUCCAACAGUCAUGUGUAUUGAAUGUUACAUAAACUAAUUUGUACUUUGGAGUUAUUGAUAUAGCUGUUUUUACGCAGCAUCACGGCACCACCUGCUGUAGACAUGUCGGUGAAGCGAGGAAGAGGAGGCGAUUUCCUCCCAUCGGAUCUGUCACUGCGGAGGCAGAACCGACUGAAUGGUGUGUGUGAUGGACAAGGAGUCAGCUCGUCGGUGAACCCAUGGCGUCCACGUUGGGUGACACCGAUCGCCGGCCUUUCGUGUCGUGUCUGUUGGGCCUGUACGGUUGCCGGUGGCGCCGCCAGCGCGGGAGCAGCACCCCACCCGGAGACUGCUGCUGCAGCAAGUUGGAAGGGGCGAGCUUUGCUCUGCUGGUGGUGGUCUUCUGUCUCACCCUGCUGUUUCUCUACUUCUGGGGCCAAGCAAAGAACGACUACAAUGACUUUGACUGGUUCAACUUUGGCAACAUGGGCUUCUGGUUCCCGUGGUCUGUGGUGCUGCUGGUCAUCGGCGCAGUGUUCUUCUCCUACACGGCAAUGCUCAUGCUCUUGGCCAUCUGCUUGCUGUCCCAGAGCCAAAAGCUUUGUUUACAUUGGAGUCACAAGGUGGGCCUCAUGGUGAGCCUGACGUUCGCCAUUGUGGCGAUCGCCAUCAUGGCCGACCUUUGGAGUCAAGAAUGGACUACGCUGCUUCUUUCCUUCCAAGUGACGGCGCCAUAUUUGCAUGUGGGCGGAGUCUUGCUGAUGACGACGCUGGCCUGGCCGGUAGCGUUGCAUUUCUUUCACAUGGCCAGCAGAGCAUGGCGGGGCCUAAUUUUGUCCGUCUACCUGACAUUCCUAUUGGUCCUUUACUUGGUGCCGCUGGGCUUGUACUCUCCAUGUAUUAGACAUGAAGGGUCCCUGGGUCCCCCACCGGCCGUCAUUGGCCACAGAGGAGCCCCUAUGUUAGCUCCAGAAAACACGCUCAUGGCCUUCAAGAAGGCGGUGGAGGCAGGAAGUGAAGGCCUGGAGACGGACGUCACCAUCAGCUAUGACGGGGUUCCCUUCCUGAUGCACGACCGCACGUUACGGCGAACCACCAAUGUUCAUCAGGUUUUUCCCAACCGGACCGAUGCCUCGGCGGCCAUGUUUAUGUGGGCGGAGCUACAGAGGCUCAACGCUGGAGCCUGGUUCCUCUCUAGUGAUCCAUUCAACACCGUGAACUCGCUUGGAGAGGAGGACCGUCUCCAGGCGGAAAACCAGUCCAUCUGCAGCCUGCAAGACUUCCUCUGGCUGGCGGCCCGCACUGACAAACUGGUGAUCUUUGACCUCUACCGUCCCCCAACAGGACACCCGUACAGGGACACGUGGAUCCACCGCACGCUGGAUGUCAUUCACAAUGAGACGUCCAUUCAGCCCUCACAGGUGCUGUGGUUGCCCCCCGAGCUGCGGUCUGAGGUGGUGGACAUGGACCUGGGCCUCCAACAGACGUCCGGCACAGAGCUCCCUCUAUGGGAGCUCCAUAAGAAUCACAUCGUCAAGCUCAACCUGCACUACACUUCCCUGUCAGCUCAGCGCAUCAGCGCCUACGCAGCCAUGAAAAUCAGCACCAACCUGUACGUGAUCAAUGAGGCGUGGCUCUACUCGCUGGCCUGGUGCUCGGGUGCCCACUCGGUCACCACCAACGACCCCCAGCUUCUUCACGCCAUGAGACGACCUCUCUUCCUCAUGACUCCUGAUGAAUAUAACUUCAUGUGGAUCGUCACUGAUGUGUUGUCACUGCUGCUUAUUGUCGCUGUCUUUGCCUUUCACAGGUAUAAACACAUGCACCGCCCCCCGCCCCCAAACACACGUUUGUCACGCUUACAUAAAUAAAAAAUAAUAAUGUAAGCAGUUCUUUUAAAAACGGUCAUGUUGUAUUUGCU